UUUCCUUUUCCUGCGGGAGUCAUCGGGCGGAGAGGAGCGUGGCUCUUACUCUCCGGUGCCCGCCAUGGCUUGUGUACGUCCCUUGAUAUCGGUGUACUCCGAAAAGGGGGAAGUAUCUGGCAAAAAUGUUACCUUGCCUGCUGUCUUUAAGGCUCCUAUUCGUCCAGAUAUUGUGAAUUUUGUUCAUACCAACUUGAGAAAAAAUAACCGGCAACCUUAUGCUGUCAGUGAAUUAGCAGGUCAUCAGACCAGUGCUGAGUCUUGGGGCACUGGCAGAGCUGUUGCUCGAAUUCCUCGAGUUCGAGGUGGAGGGACUCACCGCUCUGGCCAGGGUGCUUUUGGAAAUAUGUGCCGAGGAGGUCGAAUGUUUGCUCCUACCAAGACUUGGCGCCGUUGGCAUCGCAGAGUGAACACAACUCAAAAACGUUAUGCCAUCUGCUCUGCUUUGGCAGCCUCUGCCCUCCCAGCACUGGUCAUGUCAAAAGGUCAUCGAAUUGAAGAGGUCCCAGAACUUCCUCUGGUAGUUGAAGAUAAAGUGGAGGGGUAUAAGAAGACCAAGGAAGCAGUGUUGCUGCUUAAGAAGCUGAAGGCAUGGAAUGACAUAAAAAAGGUCUAUGCUUCUCAGCGUAUGCGAGCUGGUAAGGGUAAAAUGAGAAACCGUCGUAGGAUCCAGCGUCGGGGACCUUGUAUCAUCUAUAAUGAAGACAAUGGUAUCAUCAAGGCAUUCAGAAACAUUCCUGGUAUUACUCUUCUUAAUGUGAGUAAAUUGAAUCUUUUGAGACUUGCUCCUGGUGGGCAUGUGGGGCGUUUCUGUAUUUGGACUGAGAGUGCUUUCCGAAAGCUGGAUGACCUGUAUGGUACAUGGCGAAGGCCUGCUACCCUGAAGAGUCACUACAAUCUUCCCAUGCACAAGAUGACCAACACAGACCUUACCAGGAUUUUGAAAAGCCCAGAGAUCCGGAGGGCCCUCCGUGCACCACGCAAAAAGAUUCAUCGACGAGUACUCAAGAAGAACCCGCUGAAGAACUUGAGAAUCAUGGUGAAACUGAACCCAUAUGCCAAGACAAUGCGCCGGAAUACAAUUCUACGCCAGGCUAAAAAUCGGAGAAUCAGAGAAAAUAAAAGAGCUGCUGCACUAAAGAAGAUUAUGGAGGCAAAGAAGGCAGUAGAUGAGAAGAAGAAGAAGAAGCUUGCAGGAGCAAAGAAGGUUCCAGGGCAGAAGAAACCAGCAGAAAAGAAGCUUGGUGAAAAGAAACCUCCAGCAGCAAAGAAGCCUGCAGCUGAAAAGAAACCUGCUGCACAAAAAAAACCUGCAGCUGAAAAGAAGCCUGCUGCAUAAACUCAGCAUAUCAGUUUAUCCUUUGGGCCACAAUUCAUUAUGUCAAUGUUGUGAAUUUCUAAAGAAUAAAUAUUCAAAGUGGC